CUCGUACAGUACGCAUACAUGCAUCCAUAUUCCACACUGUUUGGCUUUUCCAGGUUUCGUUGUCUGGCCCCCCCCCUCCCUUUUAUUAAUAAUAAUAACUUGUACGCACAGUCGGGACCAAAGUUCCGAGGGCUUUUGAAUUAUUUGUUUUCCAGCAACAACGCGAGCCCCUUUCCCGAGGUAUAUAGUGUCAAGUGUUAACGUCCCAUGUAUCUCAGCUGAUACUACUACUUUGACUUGGCAAGUAGUUUCCACGAGUAAGCAAGUAGUGCGAGUGUGCCAGUGGUGCGACUGCAAAUGUGUUGAAAGAAAGAAGAAAAAAAAUCGGCACCGCACGUACAGUGUAUACGUGUGUGUGUGUGUCUGUAUGUUGCAACUAAGCCCCUCCCUGGCUGAUCUGAUACAUCAUCACCUGCCUAUUAGGAGGAGGAGGAUCAGGAGAGCAACAGGCACAGCCCGAAAAUAUAUUUGACGUUUUGGAGCAAGUAGCAGCAGUACCAGCUCACUCGUCUCUUCUCGGAGAAGGGAAAAACGAUAGCACACCAAAGUCGAGAGGAAGGGGGCGAGAAGGGGUUUAGCCAUGAGCGAUCCGAAACGACGCUCAAUUGGGUAGGCCCUUUCCUGUGGGCUAUACGGAGGCUACGGUUGCGAAAAUCACAGCGUCAACAGAGACAACACCACCAGCGGCGCGAUGGGUGAGAUCCUGGGAUCGGCGAGUUUUCUCCAUCUCGGCGACAUAGUCAGCCUGUACGCCGAGGGCAAUGCUUCGGGCUUCCUGUCGACGCUCGGAUUGGUCGAUGACCGAUGCGUAGUCAGUCCGGAGGCAGGCGACUUGACCAACCCUCCAAAGAAAUUUCGCGAUUGCCUGUUCAAAAUAUGUCCCAUGAACCGGUACUCGGCCCAGAAGCAGUUCUGGAAAGCCGCGAAGCAAAGCGGAAGCUCGACCACCGAUGCCGUACUGCUCAAACGGCUACACCAUGCCGCAGAGAUCGAAAAGAAGCAGAACGACACGGAGAACAAAAAGCUCCUGGGCACCAUCGUCUCCUACGGCAACGUAGUACAGCUGUUGCACCUGAAAUCCAACAAGUACCUGACGGUGAACAAGCGGCUGCCCGCCCUGCUGGAGAAGAACGCGAUGCGCGUGUACCUGGACGCCAACGGCAACGAGGGCAGCUGGCUGUACAUAAUGCCGUUCUACAAGUUGCGGAGCGACGGUGACAGCGUCGUCGUUGGCGACAAGGUCAUCCUCGAGCCGGUAAACGCCGGCCGGCAGGGCCUCCACGUCGCCGCGAACUACGAACUCGGCGACAAUCCCGGCUGCAAGGAGGUCAACGUCGCCAGUGCCUUCACCUCCUGGAAGGUCACCCUAUUCAUGGAGCACAGGGAAAACCAGGAGGAGAUACUCAAGGGUGGCGACGUCGUCAGGCUGUUUCACGCCGAGCAGGAGAAAUUCCUCACCAUGGACGAGUACAAGAAGAAACAGCACGUCUUUCUCCGCACUACGGGCAGAACCAGCGCAACCGCGGCCACGAGCAGCAAGGCCCUCUGGGAGGUCGAGGUGGUGCAGCACGACCCGUGUCGCGGAGGGGCCGGCCACUGGAACUCGCUGUUCCGGUUCAAGCACUUGGCGACGGGCCAGUACUUGGCCGCGGAGAUCGACAACGACGAGCCCGUCGAAACGGCCAAGGCAACAAACGAGGUGAGCCGAAAUACAUACGUACAUACAUACACACACGUAUAUCCGUUGCAACCGUAAUGUAUACGUAACACGUGGGCAGAAGCUCCGGGUCCGGUGUACCGUUUGGUCUCGGUGCCCCACAGCAACGAGAUCAGCUCCCUGUUCGAGCUCGACCCGACGACCCUGACGCGGGGCGACAGCCUCGUGCCGCAGUCCUCGUUCGUGAGGCUCCAUCACAUCUGCACCAACACGUGGGUCCACUCGACGAGCGUGCCGAUAGACAAGGACGACGAGAAGCCGGUCAUGUCGAAGGUCGGCUGCGCGACCAGCAAAGAGGACAAGGAGGCCUUUGCCCUGAGAUCCGUGUCCCCGGUCGAGGUGCGGGAUCUCGACUUUGCCAACGACGCGUGCAAGGUCCUCGAGUCGAUAAGCGGGAAACUCGAGGGCGGCACGAUAUCGCACAACGAGAGACGGGCCGUGAUCAAUUUGCUCCAGGACAUCGUCUACUUCAUAGCCGGUCUCGAGAACGAGCAGAACAAGUCGGAGGCCCUCGAGCUCGUGGUCACCAAUCCGGUCCGCGAUCGGCAGAAGCUGCUCAGGGAACAGUACAUCCUCAGCCAGUUGUUCAAGAUCUUGCAGGCGCCCUUUCUGGAGUCGGUGGCUGGCGAGGGGCCUUUUCUCAGGAUCGAGGAGCUCAGCGAUCCCCGACACGCGCCCUACAAGAACAUGUUCCGGCUGUGCUAUCGCAUCCUCAGGCUGUCCCAGCAGGACUACAGGAAGAACCAGGAGUACAUAGCAAAGCACUUUGCCUUCAUGCAAAAGCAGAUCGGCUACGACAUACUGGCCGAGGACACGAUAACGGCUCUGCUGCACAACAACAGGAAGUUGCUCGAGAAGCACAUCACGGCGGCGGAGAUCGAGACCUUCGUCGGCCUCGUCAGGAAGAACAUGCACACCUGGGAGUCGAGGUUCCUCGAUUAUCUGUCCGAUCUUUGCAUAUCGAACAAGAAGGCGAUCGCCGUCACGCAGGAGCUCAUCUGCAAGAGCGUCCUCAGCGAGAAGAACAAGGACAUACUGAUUGAGACCAAAAUGAUGAAGACGCAGGUGGAGGUGGAGGACGACGACGACAGACCCGAGAACGACGAGGAGCCGCACAUCACCAUCAUCGAGGAACUCGAGGUUUUUCUCGUUUGGAACGACGGACGGCGAUCCAUGUCCCUGAGCGAAUUGUCGAGGGGGGCCAAGCUAGAGAACAUCGAGGAUGCUUCGAUAUUGGAUUACUACAGGCACCAGUUGAACUUGUUCAGCAACAUGUGCCUCAAUCGGCAGUACUUGGCCCUCAACAACUUGUCCCCGCAUUUGGACAUUGACUUGAUUUUGAAGUGCAUGGAGGACGAAACCGUGCCGUACGAGCUGCGCGCGUCGUUUUGCAGAUUGAUGCUGCACCUGCACGUGGACAGGGACCCGCAGGAGCAAGUGACGCCGGUCAAGUACGCGAGACUCUGGUCGGAAAUACCCUCGAAGAUGAGUAUCAACGACUACGACACCAAUAAAAUGCCAGACCAGAGCAAGGAAGCGGUCAGGGCGAGAUUCAGUUCCACCAUUAUGUUCGUGGAGGAUUACCUGUGCAACGUGGUAGCAAAGAUGUGGUCGUUUGCCGAUCAGGAGCAAAACAAGCUUACCUUCGAGGUCGUCAAGUUGGCCCGGGAUCUGAUCUACUUUGGAUUUUACAGCUUCAGCGAUCUGUUGAGGCUGACUAAAACGCUGCUCAAUAUUUUGGACUGCGUUUCCGACACCGAAGUCUCCGACGGAAAAGUCCCGACUGGAGACAUCGAUUCCGAGGGUGGAGUUCUCCGGUGCAUCGGAGAGAUGGGAUCGGUAAUGACUAACCUGACCCUGGGACCGGCCGGCCAAGUGAUAGCCGGCACGUCAUCCCCGGGCCCAAAAUCGGCAGUCACCGCGAAAAAGGAGUAUCCCCUCGUAAUGGACACAAAGCUCAAGAUCAUCGAGAUACUGCAGUUCAUCCUCGACGUGCGGCUCGACUACAGGAUAUCCUGCCUGUUGUGCAUAUUCAAGAAGGAAUUCGACGAGACCGAGAAAGCCUCCGGAGACCUGAACCUCGACCAGAAGGGCAUCGACCUCGAGGCGAUCGGCGUCCAAGCCGAGGGCAUAUUCGGCAGCAGUGAGGAGUGCGCGGCCUUGGACCUAGACGGCCUGGGUGGCCGGACGUUCCUGCGGGUCCUCCUCCACCUGGCGAUGCACGACUACCCUCCACUGGUCUCUGGAGCCCUGCACCUCCUAUUCCGUCACUUUAGCCAGCGGCAGGAGGUUCUACAGGCCUUCAAGCAAGUCCAGCUCCUGGUGUCGGACAACGACGUCGAGUCGUACAAGCAGAUCAAAGCUGACCUGGACGUGCUGCGCCAGUCGGUAGAAAAGUCCGAGCUCUGGGUGUACAAGUCCAAGGCCAGCGAGGAGCACUUGUCGUCGAUGGAGAAGAAGGGCUCGGCCAUAGACUUGGACGUGGGGCCUCCCCUUCACGCCGAGCAAGCCGAGGAGUACCGGAAGAUCCAGCGUAUCCUCAUCCGCAUGAACAAGCUGUGCGUGGUCCAGAGCGGGGGUGUAACGGCGCCGCGCAAGCACGAGCAACGGCUCUUGCGCAACGUCGGCGUCCACACGAUAGUGCUCGAUCUGCUGCAGGUGCCCUUCGACGCCAAAGAGGACGUGCGGAUGAUCGAACUGAUGAGGCUGGCCCACGACUUUCUGCAGAACUUUUGCCUCGGCAACCAGCAAAACCAAAUGCUCCUGAACAAGCAGCUCGACCUGUUUCUCACCCCAGGGAUCCGGGAGGCCCAGACCGUGUGCAGCAUCUUCCAGGACAAUUUGACCCUCUGCAACGAGGUCAAUCCCAAGGUCAUACAGCAUUUUGUCCACUGCAUCGAGACGCACGGCAAGCACGUGCAGUACCUCAAGUUCCUGCAGACCAUCGUCAAGGCGGAGAACCAGUUCAUCAGGAAGUGCCAGGAGAUGGUCAUGCAGGAGCUCGUUCAAGCGGGAGAGGACGUGUUGGUGUUUUACAACGACAGGGCGUCGUUCAACCAAUUCGUCGAGAUGAUGAGAUCCGAGAGACACCGAAUGAACGAGAGUAGCCCGCUCAAGUACCACGUGGAGUUGGUGAAGCUGCUGGCCUGCUGCACCAUGGGCAAGAACGUAAACACCGAGAUAAAGUGCCACAGCCUGUUGCCGCUGGACGACAUAGUGGCCAUGGUGUCCCACCAGGACUGCAUACCAGAGGUGAAGGAGGCGUACAUCAACUUUUUGAAUCACUGCUACAUAGACACGGAGGUCGAGAUGAAGGAGAUUUACACGUCGAACCACAUGUGGUCGCUAUUCGAGAGAUCGUUCAUCGUCGACAUGGGACUUAUCGCAACGGCGACCCACGAUCGGCAACACGCCGACACGGCCCUUCAGAAUUACGUGACCAACUGCCUCAUGAACAUCAUCACGACCUUCUUCAGCAGCCCGUUCUCCGAUCAGAGCACCACUGUCCAGACGAGACAACCGAUAUUCGUCCAGCUGCUUCACGCCGCGUUCAAGGUGUCCCAGUGCACGUGGCUGAACUCCAACCAGAGGUUCAACGUUGAAAACUGCAUCCGGACUCUCUCGGAUGUCGCCAAGAGCAGGAGCAUCGCCAUUCCCACGGACCUCGACAGCCAGGUAGCGUCCAUGUUCAACAAGGCAGCGAUGCUCAGCCGGCAGACGAGCAAGUGGCUGCAGGCGUCCAAACAGCCAAAAAUCGAGCGCAGCCAGGGCCAGGUGGUGCGGCUGGACCGCAGCAUCAUCGAAGGCCUGCAGGACAUAGUGUCGCUGCUGGAGGAGCAGCUGAAGCCGCUGGUCCAGUCGGAGCUGUCCCUGCUGGUCGACAUACUCUACAGGCCGGAGUUGCUCUUCCCCGUGGCAACGGAGGCACGGAAACGCUGCGAGAACGGCGGUUUCAUACGACGGCUGAUAAAACACACGGAAAAAUUGCUCGAGGAGAAGGAGGAGAAGCUGUGCGUCAAGGUGCUGAGGACCCUGCGCGAGAUGAUGGCCAUUGAUCCGGAGUACGGCGAAAAGACGGAGGAUAACAAGCCAUCGGUUCCGGCCGACUCGGAGGUGGUACCGCCACCCCCGCCGCCGACGCCUUCGUCACCCUCGACUGAGACAACGGACCAGUUUCCGCCCGGCGAAGUUGACGUGCCGACGAGGUCCGCGAAACAAGGAGGAGGUGACGAAGACGAGGUCGUUUAUCUCCACCACCACCACCACCACCUGACGGACGCGGAGCUGGAGCGCCAGAAGCGGGUAAACGACGGCGCGAUCAAAGUACCGCAAGCUAGAGAGCUUCCGUCCGAUAGUAGGCCGCCGAAAGGCUCGAAAGACCGUCCGCUCAGUAACAAUAAGCAAGAGGCACGACUCAUCCAAAACGGCGAUGCUUUACGCAGCAAUUUACUGGCUCGCUACUUCGGACACGACUUUCUUCGCCGAGUGGACAUCGGGACGCCUUGCACGACACCCGUGACCCACGGACCUGGAGCGAAAUUGCUCAGCCGAGCCGGUCGAACGCUACACGAGGUCCAAAGCCACCUGGACCGCGAAGGCGCCUCGGAUCUCGUCGUCGAGCUGGUCAUCAGAAGCGUGCACUCCCCGAGUAUAUUCGUCGAGGUGAUAGAGCUGGGAAUCGCCCUGCUCGAGGGUGGCAACCCCAUCAUCCAGAAGAGCAUGAUCGCCAAGUUGAUGGGCGGCGACAUGAGCCAGUCGUUCUUCAAGGUGUUUUACGAUAAAAUGCGAGACUCUCAGCAAGAAAUCAAGGCCACGGUAACGGUCAACACGUCGGACAUUGCCGCGAAGGCCCACGAGGACAAGGAGCAGGGAAAGGAGCUCGAGAAAUUGUCGAAGAAGCGAGCCUCGGGCAAGGCCAACGGCAUCGUCCUGACGGAGGAGCUCAAGGAGGAGCUGAAUGCAGCCACGGCCUCGACGGCCCAGGCGUACGCUUCGGUGAGACACUUGACCUCCGGGGAGGAGUUGUCCUGCGGUGGCGGUGCCCUCGUCAACUCGGCCCUGGAGGACGCCCUCGCCGAAAAACACCGGACCGCCAGCGAAAGGGACGAGAGCCAACUCAACUCCAAGAUCCUCGUGAUGCAGCCCAUCCUGCGGUUCCUCCAGCUCCUAUGCGAGAACCACAACAGGGAGUUGCAGAACUUCCUCCGCAACCAGAACAACAAGACAAACUACAAUCUGGUGUCGGAGACGCUGAUGUUCCUGGACGUGAUAUGCGGCUCGACGACCGGCGGUCUGGGCCUCCUCGGGCUCUACAUAAACGAGUACAACGUCGCCCUGAUCAACCAGACCCUGGAGACCCUGACCGAGUACUGCCAGGGCCCCUGCCACGACAACCAAAAUUGCAUAGCCACCCACGAGUCUAACGGCCUCGACAUCAUAACCGCCCUCAUCCUCAACGACAUCAAUCCACUAGGCAAAACGAGGAUGGACCUCGUGCUCGAGCUCAAGAACAACGCGAGCAAGCUCCUCCUGGCCAUCAUGGAGAGCCGCGGCGACAGCGAGAACGCCGAGAGGAUCAUGUACAACAUGAACCCGAAGCAGCUGGUCGACGUCGCGUGCACGGCCUUCCACCAGGAGUCCCUCGACGAGGACGGCGCUGCCGACCCCGACGACUCGUCUGCCGACGGUGACGAGGGGGUCUCGCCCAAAGAGGUCGGCCACAACAUCUACAUCCUGUGCCACCAGCUCGCCCAGCACAACAAGGAGCUCGCGGCCAUGCUCAAGCCCGAGCAGAGCGCCGUCGACCCCAAGAUAUACAAGGCCCUGCAGUACUACGCCUCGCACACCGCGCAGAUCGAGAUCGUGAGGAACGACCGGACCUUGGAGCAGAUCGUCUUCCCGAUACCCGAGAUUUGCGAGCUCAUCACGCACGACACGAAGGUGCGGGUCUACCACACCGCCGAGAGGGACGAUCAGGGCUCGAAGGUCUCGGAUUUCUUCGAGCGGACGGAGGACAUGUUCAACGAGAUGAAGUGGCAGAAGAAGCUCCGAGGUCAGCCCAUGCUGUUUUGGGUCAGCAGUUACAUGUCCACUUGGAGCAACAUACUGUUCAACUGCGCGGUCCUCAUCAACAUAAUCGUCGCCAUUUUCUAUCCCUUUACCGAUCGCGUGCCACCUCUGAACUUUCACUUCUCCGUGUUCCUGUGGAUCGUCAUCAUGGCGUCGGGAGGGUCGUUCAUGUGCCUCGGCCAGCACGGCUCGGCGCGAAUGCUGGUGCUCAGCUCGAUACUGCGGCUCAUCUUCUCGGCCGGGCCCGAGCCCACGUUGUACCUCCUCGGGCUGUUGACCGUAGUUUUCAAAGUCAUACAUCUCAUCAGUAUAAUCGGCAAUCAGGGCACCCUCACCAAAAGCAUGGACCAAAUCGUCACGAAUUUCGAGCUGCUCUACCACGUUUUGUACUUGAUAUUCUGCGUCCUCGGCAUAUGCAUGCAUCCGUUCUUCUUUUCGGUUCUUCUCUUUGACGUGGUGUACCGGGAAGAGACUCUGCUGAACGUCAUCAGAUCCGUCACGAGGAACGGACGAUCAAUCAUACUGACCGCGGUUCUAGCGCUCAUUUUGGUGUACAUGUUCUCGCUCAUCGGCUACCUGUUCUUCAAGGACGACUUUUUGCUGAGCAUCGACGAGGACAUUACGACAAAUUCAUUAUGAAAUCGCGCGGAUUGUAAUGUGACGAUACGUAUUUCAGCCGAGCCAGCGUUCGUGCCAAGCGCCGAGGUCGUCAACGUCGGGGGGGAACUAAAAGAGCGAGCCUGCGACUCCCUGAUCAUGUGCAUCAUAACGACCCUGAACCAAGGACUGCGAAACGGCGGUGGCAUCGGAGACAUCCUCCGAGCACCCUCAAGCACGGAGCCGCUGUUCGUGGCAAGGGUGGUCUACGACCUGUUGUUCUUCUUCAUCGUGAUAAUCAUCGUGCUGAACCUGAUUUUCGGCGUGAUCAUCGACACGUUCGCCGAUCUGAGGUCCGAGAAGCAGCAAAAGGAGCUGAUCCUUAAGAACACGUGCUUCAUUUGCGGCCUGAAUCGCUCGGCCUUCGACAACAAGACCGUCUCGUUCGAGGAGCACAUCAAGCACGAGCACAACAUGUGGCAUUACCUGUACUUCAUAGUCCUGGUGAAGGUGAAGGACCCGACCGAGUUCACCGGGCCCGAGUCCUACGUCUACAUGAUGGUCAAGGAUCGCAAUCUCGAGUGGUUCCCGCGACUGAGGGCCAAGUCACUGGCCGCGGACGAGGGCGAGGGCGAGCAGGUCGAGCUCAGGAGCCUCCAGUCCCAGCUCGAGAUGACCCAGAGCCUCGUCAAGCACCUGUCCCAGCAGCUGAGCGACCUCCGCGAUCAGAUGACGGAGCAACGAAAGCAGAAGCAACGACUGGGACUCUUGACCUCGGCGACGGCCUUUGCCAAUCACGUCUCUUCGUAAUUCGUUCUUGUUGCUGUUGCACCUCUUUUUCUCCAUUUAUAUACAGGAUUGCAUGUUAUUAUUAUUAUUAACGAGCAUUUGUGGCAACGUUAGGUCAAUUGAAACGCGCGCGAAGGGAGUCUCGUGCUGCUUCGUUCCUAUAUCAUAUA